AUGACUGUCUCCAGUGUCGGAAUCGAGGAGGUUCGAGCGGCCGUUGAUGUUGCUCUAGAUGAGCUACGGGAGUCGCUACGAAAGGUGAAUCAAGAAAUCUGGUCAAACCCCGAGCUUGCGUACGAGGAGCACCAUGCCCACGAUACGAUCUGUACAUUUCUUGAGAAGCAGGGAUUCACAGUCACUCGCCAUGCAUACGGUCUUGAUACAUCCUUUGAGGCAGUGAGUGGAUCAGGUGGCCGCCAGAUCAAUUUCAAUGCGGAGUACGAUGCCUUGCCAGAUAUUGGACAUGCCUGUGGACAUAACCUUAUCGCAACCAGUAGCAUUGCUGCCUUCCUAGCUCUGUCAUUCGCAUUGAAGAAGUUUGGCAUCCCAGGACGAGCGCAAUUGCUAGGCACUCCGGCCGAGGAAAAUGGGGGAGGCAAGGCUGUUCUCAUCGAUGCAGGAGCUUACAAGAACGUGGACAUUUCUCUCAUGGCUCACUCUGGGCCCAAGAAAUUGUUCCCUGACCAAGAGCCAUCCGACGGAAUCGCGGGUACUCUGAUGAAUGCGCGCAAAAACAUCCGUUGCGAGUUCAGUGGCAAGAGUGCUCACGCCGGGGGUAACCCAUGGGAGGGUAUCAACGCCCUAGAUGCCCUGGUCACGUCUUAUAACAAUGUUGCAGUAUUACGCCAGCAGAUUUUGCCCGAGCAGCGUAUUCACUGUGCCUUUAUGGAUACUCCAAAGGUGGCCAAUGUCAUUCCUUCACAUACCAAGGCAUUCUGGCAAGUUCGAAGCCCUUCUCUCAAAGGACUUAACAGUCUGGUGGGCAAAGUGCGCAACUGCAUCGAAGCGGGCGCGCUAGCGACCGGAUGCACCGUGAAAAUCAAAGAGGAGGAGCUCUAUACCGACGUGCGGCUGAAUGAUGUCCUGUGUGAACGGUACCAAGUUCACAUGGGUCAAUAUGGCCGAAAGGUGCUCAAGCGACACGACAAAGUUCUGACUGCAUCUUCCGAUAUUGGAAACGUCAGUUACGAGACGCCCACCUUGCAUACUAUGUUUGGAAUCCCCACGCCAGACAACACAUUCCCCCAUCAUCCCACAUAUACUGCCUCAGCGGGAACCGAUGAGGCACAUGCCGAGGCAUUGAUUGUAGGCAAGGCACUGGCAAUGAUUGGGUGGGAUAUGAUCACGAACGAGGCAUUGUUCGAGACCGCGCAUCGGCAAUGGAGAGAGGAGAUUGAGCGGGAUGAUUGA